AUGGCCGAGCCCGAUGAUCCGCUCGUGAUUAAUGUCGUGGGUCGACACAAGGAGCGCGAAAAUCAGGAUCUCCAAGGUGAAUACCACAUGAUCGGCAUGGUGCACGGCCGUCCUGCUUAUCGCAAGCCUGGCACGAGGACGGUGAUUAGAUACUGGCCUGUCGCUGACCGCUGGCUGAUCGACAGGGAGGGUGUCCAGGAGUCUGAUAUUUGCAACGCCUAUGCAGAGCAGGGCGGUGCGAGGCACCCUGCAGUCGAGGAGCUCGUGUGGAGAGUUUGGGAGUCUCAGCAUCGGCAGCAUGUCCGUGACCCCGAGUUCCUGGUGACAGCAGCGCCCAACACCAUCCAAGUGCUUGGGCGUGCUGCUGGAAAGGAGAACUGGGCCUUGAACGGCGAGUACAAGCUGAUUGGACUUCAUCAAGGCAAAGUUGCGUACCAGAAGGCAGGCAAGUUUAAGCAUGCCAUCCGAUACUGGAGAGUCGGAGACAGGUGGCUUAUUGACCUGGAAGGUCUCCGAGAUGUGGAUAUUUGCAAUGCGUAUGCAGAUGCGCAGAACACCAGCUAUCCAGGUGAGAUCCGGCUUCAGUGGCACAUCUGGGAUUCAACCAGGCAGCGUCACACUUUAGAUAGUAGCUUAUGCACUUUGGUGACACCAUCCGUCAUCGAAGUGGUCGGUCGGGAGUCGCCAAAGGAAAACACAGCGAUGAACGGCAGCUACCACUUAGUCGGGCUACAUGCUGGCCAGCCGGCCUACAUGAAGACGGAUGGCAGCGGUCACGCGAUCCGCUACUGGCCGCGAGAGGAGCGGUGGCUCAUAGAUCUAGAUGGCUUGCGAGAUACAGAGAUCUGCAAUGCUUAUGCGGAAGCAGGUGGAACAGGAGCUCAUAUGCAUCCUGGCCAUCUGAAUCUGGUUUGGCACGUCUGGGAGACGAGCCGUGGGCGGCACCUCACGGAUCCAGCGGUGCGUUCGUUCGUCGCACCACACUUCGUGAGAAUUUCUGGCCGGGACCCAUACAAGGAAAAUUCUACGAUCAACGGGGAUUACGAGCUCGUAAAGAUCGUAGAGGGCAAGCCAGCCUACAAGAAGGCGGAUGCUGACCACGUGAUUCGAUUUUGGCCGGCGGAGGAGCGAUGGAUUAUUGACCUCGAAGCUGGCUUUCAUGGCGGAGAUGUCGCGAACUCCUUCGCAGAUGCCAAAGGUGCAGAGAACCCUGGCAACAGCGAGUUGUGGACUGGUCCAAAGUGCCCGGAGUGUCAGACUGACGACCGCGCAAUGAUCCUCGCUUGGACACAGUUCAGUUCCGCUCACUUCCCAGAGAAGCACGCCAGCUUCGCUAACGUUUGCUCGCGGAGCUCGCCAAUUCCAUUUGUCCUGAUUCUGGGUCUCGUUAUGGCCAGUGCUGACCGCAUCAGCUUGGUCGAGCAUCGUGUUGGAGUGUUAGUCCGUGUCCAAAGCGAGAUAGCCAUGAACACUCCAGCUGUUAUCGUUUUCACUGAUGGAGUGCGCCGGCUUGCCGAGCCUGGCAGUGGUUCGAAGGAUGCCUGCCGGGUCUGUGUUUUCGCCGAGCACGAGAAAGAGGGGCUUCCUAGCAUCGUUGUGUUGGCAUCUGCAGCCGUGGUCGUCUUGGCCGGACAGUGUUUUCAUGUGGCCGCUGAGCUGCCGUGCUCAGCAAGGACUGGCGAAUGUGAGGUGCAGCAAGACUUGGACUUCGUCGGGCUCACCGAGGCGAAUGAUACUGCAAAUCGCUUGGGUGCCGCUCCCCCCGAACUGGCUGUGGCAGCCAAGGGGAUUUCUAUGGACACGCCUAAGAUCUUGGUGCUCCUCAUGUUCGCAACAGCGAUGCUGUCGUGGAUUCUCGCCACCGUCAAGUGGGCGGUCGAUGGUUCGCUGCCUGCCAGGCUUGCGGUGUGGGGCCUGCUGCCCGAGGCUUUCGCGGCCAUCAGCGUGCGCUCGGUCGCGGCGUUGCUGCGCCUGAAGAGCGGCUCCACGCCGGUGCUGGCGCUGAAGACCUGCAUCAGCGAUGGCAACGUGGAGGACCUGGCCCAGGCCCUGCGUCGGCACGGCAAGCAGGCAGAGCUGCAGUCCCUGGAGCUGCCCUACAACCACGAGCUCACCGAAACAGGUGUCCAGCAGCUGGUUCAGGCAGUCACCGAAGGAGGGGUGGAACUGGAGGAACUGGAUCUUUCCUUCAACGCGCAACUAGGUGAUGCUGCAGUGCGUGUCGUGCUGCCGUUGUGCGUGCCGCCCUUCCGAGUCUCAACGCUGAGGCUGGUGGACUGCUCCUUGGGCUGCGAUGCGCUGAAGCUGCUCGCGCAGCAUGCGACAAGGCUUCGGCUGAACGUCCUGCACCUUUCGGCGAACAAGUUCACCGGACUUGGUGACAUCUUGGUGGAGGUCAUGGAAGCCCCAGUGCUGGAGGACCUGGCUUUGGUACACUGCGCUCUUUCACUGGAGGACCUCACGAGUGUUGCAGAGCAGCUACCGUACACCUCCUUAAAGUCCAUCCAGCUGGCGAGCAACCAAAUCGACGGGACCGGUCUCAAGGUUCUUGCGGAACAGCUUCCGAAGUCUCAGCUGGAUGAGCUCGGGCUGGAGCAGAACCUGUUGAAGUCGGAGGACUUGAGCUGUCUUGGGACCGCGUGGGCAAAACGCCCGUUCUCGCGGCUGCGGCUUGGCGGGAAUGCUGUGGAGAAGGAAGAGGUGGCGAACUUCAUCAAAACUCUGCGCCUGCUUCAAGCAUGA